GAAUUGUGUAACGGCCAUCAGUCACUUUCAGUUUAACAAAAACGAUGGAUCGGUUCAGUGACUUGUUACGGUUUUUUCUUUUAAUUUUGAUCUUUGGGAUAAAUAGUUCUACACAAUUAGUUUACCCUUAUGGACCAACAGCCGGUGAUACUCAGUUACGAGUGGGAUAUGAGGUUGCUAGCCCGGGAAUUCCAAUAAGUGUGCCAGUGAAGUUCUAUAAUGAGACUUACGACACAAUUUUCGUGAACAGCAAUGGCCUGGUGUCGUUCAACAACGAGAUGCCGACGUUCUUCAACGUGCCGUUCCCGCUCGACUACCCGGCGCUGGCCGCAUUCUACGCCAACGUGGACCUGCGUGGCAGCGGACAGGUGUACUACCGGGAGGACCGGGAGCCGCGGACGCUGGCCCACGCCGACAGCCUGGUGUCCAGGUUUUACCCGCGGUACCAGGGCCGGUUCGCCGCCUCGUCAGUGUUCGUGGCCACGUGGCACCGGGUGGGGUAUUACAAGAAGAACGCCGACCGGACCAACACGUUCCAGGUGGCCGUGGCCACGGACGGCCACGAGACGUUCGUGCAAUUCGCGUACCCGUCGCCCGUCCAGUGGGUGCAGUCGUUCGGCGGGCUGGCCGACGAGACUGGUCUGCCGGACGCCAAGGCCCAGGCCGGGUUCAGCGCCGCCGACGGGCGCAUACACAUGCUCCGCGGAUCGGGCAGCGAUCAAAUACACAACUUGGACAGAUGGAGUAAUACAGACGCGCCGGGUGUUUGGCUAUAUCGCGUGGGCAACAUCGGAUCGAGUGAAAACGUGGAACCACCCGAAUUUCCCGGGAGCGUCCGACCAGACGAAGGUUUAACUUGCGCAGUAGCCGGAGCUUUAUGUCAUAACCAAGCGUCUUGCGUGGAUUACGAACAAGGGGACAUGUGUUGCAUAUGCAAGCAGGGGUACUUCGGUAAUGGAGUGACUUGUAUCAAAGAAAACGUACCAGUCCGCGUCAGUGGAAAAGUCAGCAUAGACGUCAACGGGAUCGCCAUGCCCGAGUCGGACUUGCAGGCUUACGUGGCGACGAUGGACGGUCGAGUGUACAUGGCUAUCUCAGAUGUGCCCAGCAACCUGGGUUUCGAGUUGCAAUACCUGACCGUGUUCCCGUCGGUAGUCGCUUGGCUUUUCUCUUUACACUCGGAAAACGCGUACAACGGAUACCAGUUGACAGGAGGAGUAGUGAACUACACUUCCGAAGUGACUUUUCCGGGAACCGAACACAGGAUAACCAUUCAUCAGCGGUUUUUCGGGCUCAAUUCUUUCGAUCAGUUGAUAAUGGACGCCACCGUACAGGGAACAACGCCUCAAGUCCCGUUACCGCAUACCAGAUUCACAUUGCCCAACGACAACCAUCAGCAGUAUACGAUUGCGAACGGUCGAAUGCACUCGUAUUACACGUACAGAUACAAACAAGAAGGGUCGGAUUUCGAACAGCAAGUGACCGUGGCCCAAAAAUUUGAAUUCUCUCAGCCAUGUAACAAGGCCGCCAAAAGUUUUACGUCAUUCAUGUUGCAGAACUCCAAAGCAUUCGCCUAUUACGAAGAAAAAGUAAAAAUUUUAAGACUGGUCAGCACAAACAACAUAUUUCUGCCGUUCGAAGACACGCAGGACCCUUGCAGCGACGGACACGUGAAAUGUGUUGCGAACAGCACGUGCGUCAGGGAAGGUAGUACUUUCAGAUGCGAAUGCAAUCUAGGAUUCCAUUCGUUGUACGGGGCCGAGUCCGGGUGUGUGGAUAUCAACGAGUGUCAAGACAGGAUCGAUCGAUGUGAUCCGAACGCCAUGUGCGUUAACGAAGUGGGGACCUAUAGCUGUCAGUGUAGACCAGGUUUUGAGGGAAACGGUUAUUACUGCGGAGCUGUUACCGUAGCUCCGAACACGGAACAAUCAUCAAGAGCUUAUAACAUAGAAAACAGUGUUUGUGAUGUGCCUGAUAAUAUCAGUACUUGUUCCUGUAUACAAGGUUACGAAAUACGUUUGCUGUCGAGCGACUCCACCGAUUUCGAGUGCGUAGAUGUCAACGAAUGCAACAUACCGGAAGUCUGUCACAGGGACGGUCAAUGCACGAAUUAUCCGGGCACCUACGCGUGUGCUUGCAACGCUGGUUUCAUAGGCGAUGGACUUAGGUGUUUACCGCUGUACCCCAGAUGCCGGUUGGAAGGACAUAGAUACAUUGGUCAGGGUUGUCCCGUGCGGAAGACUUGUACCCAAGAUUUGUGCCAGUGUCCGUCAUCGUACAUUGACGUCGGAGAAUAUUGUGCGCCCUACGAUGAUAUUACGACCGUAGAACCGGAGAGCACCAUAACAGAAUCGUCGAUUUCGUGUGCCGAGAUUAACACGUGCCAUGCUCAUGCCCAGUGUAACUUUGUUAACUCUCAACAACGACACAGGUGUCAAUGCAAUCCAGGUUAUGAAGGAGACGGAUACGAGUGUUCGCUUAUUGAGCAAUCGUGUUCAAAGUCAAACAUCUGUGAUAUGCAUGCUAGCUGUCAGAUGAUGGAGGGUCAUUCAAUAUGUGUAUGCAACAGUGGAUAUGAAGGAGACGGUGUAAUAUGUACACCGACUGGAGAAUGUGUCGCGGACUCAAAUUGCGGCCCAAACGAGACGUGUAUGUAUAACGAAACCAGCUUCAUUUAUAGCUGUAAGUGUUUGGAAGGUUAUCAAAAGCUUGAAAACAAAUGCCAAAGAUCACGCUGCUCAUACGAAUGUCACAGAUAUGCUAAUUGUGUACAAGGAGAAAGAAAUAAUUAUGCAUGUCGUUGUAAUAACGGAUACAGAGGUAAUGGUGUUACACAAUGUGAUCGGAUCAUUGAAACUGGGUGCACAGAGAACUCGUGCCCAGCAAAUACUGAAUGUAACAACAUUGGAAAUACUUUUAAAUGUUCUUGUGCCCAGGGAUAUACAGAAAACUGGAAUGGUUUGGAGUUAUCAUGUUCAGAGACAUGUAUUGUAAACACCAGCAUUUGCCAUCCAUCAGCACAGUGUACAGUUGAUACGUCAGGACAUUACAUUUGUCAAUGUAGACAAGGAUACAUAGGAAAUGGUUAUUACUGUAAAGAAAAUAAAAAAACAACAAAAGACGACAUUUACUUACUUGUAAAUCAAGGGAUGGCAACAUUGCAUAUUCCAACUGUUCCAAACAAAACAAGAGGAGAUUAUCCAAUUCAUCUGCAAUUUGAUAAAAUAGCCAUUGGUUUGGCAGUUGAUUGUUUGGAAGAGCAGUUGUAUUGGAGUUAUAUAGCAGAUCGGACAAUUAAGUCUGCUAAACUGAAUGGUUCAAAUGUGCGAGAAUUUAUUGCUACUGAAGCAACAUCAACCGAAGGAUUAACCAUAGACUGGAUUAACAGAAAGAUUUAUUGGACUGAUUCUGGUUUGAAACGUAUAAUGGCAGCAGAUUUGUCUAAUGGAACCCAUGUCACAAUAAUAGCAAACUCUUCACUGAGUAAUCCUCGAGGAAUUGCAGUUCAUCCAAACAGAAGAAAAUUAUUUUGGUCAGAUUGGAAUAGAAAUAGCCCUAAAAUUGAAUGGUCUGAUUUGGAUGGCGGUCAAAGAGAAAUUUUUGUUCAAGGACCUAAUGUCAAAUUACCAAACUCUAUAGCUAUAGAUUGGUAUACAGAUGAAAUCUGUUGGGCUGAUGCAGGUUUAAAAAGCAUAGAAUGUAUUGGAAUAGAUAGUCGAUUACAACGGACUGCUGUUGCUAAUUGCAGUUAUCCUUUUGGACUGACUAUUACUAGGGACAAUUUUUAUUGGACUGAUUGGAUAACAGGGAAAAUCGAAUUCACUGGAAGAAAUGAAAAAGCGAAGAGAGAAAGUCUGCCUGUACCUCUACAUGGUAAUGGAAAAUUGUACGGAAUUGCAGCAGUUACCGGAAAAUGUCCCUAAUAUUUAAGACUGAAUAAAAGUAACUCGUAAACA